UUCAGGAAUCUUCACCUUUUCCAGAUUUUUUUUAAAAAUUUAUAUAUCAUCACAGAAGAUCUUUCCAAUGUUUUCCCUCAACAACGUGUUCCUCUCGUCAUCAUCGAUCCCAAAUUCACAAUGGACUUAAAAAUGGCGAGAUAGAAUAAUCUGCCAACAAAAGAAACUUCCAUUGAUAUUGAUUAAGAAAGAUUCAGAUCAUACCCAGCAUUUGUUCUUGUUUUUUUUUCCCAAUUUUUAAAUGUCUCCUUUUCUUUUCCAUCUCCUGGAGCUAAAUGUGAUCUCAGCUCAAGAUCUUGCCCAUGUUUCCAAAAACAUGCGUACGUAUGCAAUCUCCUGGAUCAACCCGGAGAGGAAAUUACGAACCCGGAUAGAUCAACAGGGCCAAAUAAAUCCCACAUGGAAUGACAAAUUUGUUUUCCGGGUGGACGAAAAGUUUCUCGAUUCGGAAACUUCUUCGGUCAUGAUCGAGAUCUACGCUCAAGGCUGGUUCCGCGACGUGAUCGUCGGGUCGGUCCGGGUUCUCAUCAGUAACCUCCUUCCUCAGCACGUGAGAAACCGUAAGAAUUCCAACAAACGCCGGUUCGUGGCGCUCCAGAUCCGGCGCCCGUCGGGUCGGCCACAGGGGAUAUUGAAUAUGGGCGUGACCCUGUUAGACAACAACAUGAAGAGCAUGCCUUUGUAUACCCAGCUCAGCGCGUCCGCGGUCGGGUUCCAGGACCUCAUGGACGUGAAGAUUUACGAUCAGUAUCGUCAAGAACGGAGAUCCAAUAAAGAUGCUGCUGCAGCUAAUGAUGAUGGUAACAACAAUGACGAAAUCUUCCCCAAGAUUAGGAAAAAUCUACGGCGAUCGCAGAGCGAUUGCACGAACAUCAAAGGAAAAGACGAAGACGAACAGUUAAUCCGGGCGCAGGGCUCCAUACUAAACGGCUCCUCCGUGAAUGAUUCGAUCAUAAACGGGUCGGAUGUCGGGAUAGGAAAAAACGGGUCGGUAUGUAACUCCGACGUGGGCCCGUCCCCAUCGAUAGUUGCAGCUGCUGUAGCACGUGGAUUGUAUCCUACCCCGUUGAUGAGGCCUCAUUAUCCGGGAAGUUCUAUACUGGGGGAUUGGACGGCGGACGAUUCGCACACGACGGAAGGCCUGAAAUCGAAAAUCGAGAGAUGGAAAAUGGAGCUUCCGGGGAAUUACGACAUGAACAGCGCGGUCGGGUACCCGAAAUACGCGAAUAAUAAUAAGAACCGGAGGAAGACGUCAACACGACAUCAUGCCCGAAGACAUAGUGUCGAUGAAAGGGGUGGAAUGUUUUCGUGCUUUGGAACUGCUUACGGAUGUGAAUUUACCAUUGUAUGUGGCGCUGAUAGUGGUAGCAAUAGAAGAGGCAGAAGAAGAUCACGAAGCCAAAACAAGAUUUUUGGCGAUUCAGAAUUGGAUUCAGUGGUUAGAUGAAACACAAGAUGUUUUAUGUACUAAGAGUCUAGGAUUCAUGAAUCAUGAGUUUCUCCAAAACCGAAGUUCAGGAAUUUGGAGGAAUAUUCAUUGAACAAUCCAAAUUCCCACAAAAGCCCACCUCUCCCGGGAGAGAAUUUCCACUGCUUAAGACGUGUGUCUCCCCUUUGCUUGGCCACUGAAUAUUUAAGUAACUGGCCUGCGGAUUCAAUGAGUGCCCGAAAAUUUAUAUUGAAAAAAUCUAAAAAUUUAAACUGGACACAUUAUUUUGGAACAAAAGAUGUACAUAUUUCUCCACAUGAAGCUAUGCGGAUAAUGUAUAUAGUGACUGUGGUCAUGG